GCCCUGCCACCGCCCUUGCCAGCUGUACCGUCCCCGGCCUGGCUCCUCACCGUUUACGGUUAUGAUGUGGCGGUGCGGCUGGAGGAGUACAAGGCCCGCAUAACGUCCACCUUCGGGUCCAUCCUGAAGAUGGAUUCGACUAAGAAGGUGACGAAGAAGCUCGCCGGUGCCGCCGCCGACACAGCCGCCUGGGUUACAAAUGUGGGUAACGAGCAUGGCCAGGUCCUCAUGAGCGUCCUCACCUGCUCUGAGGGGUCCGAGGGCCUGAGCUCCAUGGCGGCUGGACUGAUGCGGCGGUACCGAGACGCAGAGGUACCUCCCCCGCAGCUCAUGUAAGUCGACCGGGACUGCUGCAGCAGAGACGGCGUGUCGAAGACAGCUGCCUUGUUUCAUGAGUGGGGGAACCUCGUGGUCCGUCUGGACAUCUGGCACUACAUGCGACGUAUCGCAUGUGGUGUCACGACGGAGAGCCACGAGCUAUACCCCACCUUCAUGAGGCAGCUGUCUCAUUGCAUCUUCGAGGUGGACCCUGAAGAUGCCCGCCGUCUCACCGACGCCAAGCGGUCGGAGCUGGGGAGGGAGCACAGGAUGUUCGACCUGAGCGACACCGAGGUGAUCCAGAGGAUCUCCAAGGAGGAGCGGAGAUUGCACUGUCGCCCCAGGACGCGUGGGGCAGAGCAAACCACUAUCCUCAUCCAGAACCUCCUGGACACCUUCCGCGGACCUGCAGGGAGAAACACCCUGAACAUCCCGCUGCUGGACGAUCUCCGCAUCCAGGACAUCUGGAACACGCAGAUGCGCCACCUCAGCUGCAUCCAGGACCCGCCCGGCGUGCAGCUUUACACCCAGACUGGGACGCUGACUAAGGGUGGAGUUCGACUCCCCAUGUAUCGCUGUGCCAGGGGUUCCACCUCCCUGGAAUCGUUCCACCUCCACCUGAACCGUUUCAUCCCAGGGACGUCUGCGAGUGCCAGAUACUUUCAGGUGUUCCUGGUAGAUGGAGUGGUGAGGUGGAACGAGGAUCGAGCAGCUGCUGCAGCGCCGGCGAGGGCGGCUGAGGUUUAGGUGCGUCUGCAUUCCUACAGUGGCCACCUCAAACACGCCCUCAACCAGAAGUGCCACAGGUUGCGUGGACACGAUCUGGUUGAGGAUUUCACCAAGCCCGCUGCGUACACAGGGGAGCUCAUCGGGGUGGAGUACCUGUUCCAGCAGACGGGCAGCGUGUUUGAGGAUAUAAGUGAGGAUCCUGACACUCCGGAUGAGACGGCUGCUGUCUCCACCGUUGAGGAAGAGGAUGAGGGGAAACAGGUGG